AUGGCUACUGUCGAAACCGAUUCUCCUGUCGGACCUGAUUCUCCUGUCGAGGUUGGUUCCCCUGUCGAAACUGGAAUUGCAUUCGAAAACGAACUCUCUAUCGAAAUCCAUUCUGACGAAAGUGGUCUCUCUAUCGAGACUAAUCCCUCCAUCGGAACUGGUCUCUCUGUCGAAAGUGAUGCCUCUGUUGAGAGUUGUACGGAUAGCGGCAUUCAUCAAGACGUUUUUGACAAGCUGGAAGUGGAAGACUCCAUUGAGGAACAUGGUGAGAGUGGACUCCUUGAAUCUGCCGCACUCGAUCAAGACGCGUCUGAAAACCAUGAGGCGGAAGACUUUGUCGAGGAACAUGAUGAGAACAAAACCUUUGAAUCUCCCGCUGUUGAUCAAGACGGUUUUGAUAAUCCUGAGGUGGAAAGCUCUGUUGAGGAACAUGAUGAGACAAGACCCUUCGAACUUGCCGCUGUUGAUCAGGAUGCUGUCAAGGACGACUCUUCCAACAAUCCACAGGUUCCCAGUAGCAGGAUUGCGAAAGAAUCUCCAACAGAAGAUUCCGUUGCGACAGAACCUGUUGUUGUAACCUCCAACACCCCAUCUUGGUCCAUCACAGCAAUCCUUGCCGGCGCUGCCGUCUCAGCAACAACCAUUUCUGUCUUCUGCCCAGCUCUCACGGCUGUGGUGCUUUAUAUCGGCAUCUCGUGGGCCAAGUCCAGGCUGUACCGAUAG